AUGCUGGACGUAUACCCCAUAGAAAAUCUCGUUGACAUUGAAGUGGGAUUAACCAUUCUGCACAAUCCGGAAACUGUGUGCAAGGUAAAAGGCAAAAAAAUGCUUGUGAAGUGGAGGGAUGACGCAGAUCCCUCUGAGGCAUUUAUCAUUGCUGCAGGAACGCCGGAUGAACUUGAAAAGAAAAGAAUGAAGUUCGUCAAGGCCGUCAAGCUGGUAACAGACAUGUAUGGCACCCUUGGUGAACCUGGCGUGUGUACUGAUUGCACGCAACAGAAAAGACACAUUGAAGAUCUUGAACGUGCAAAUAGAAAGCUGUCCAAAAAGCUCAGAAAAGCAAAGGAGAACCAUGAAAUGUCUAACAUGGUGGGCAAAAUUGAAGAAAUCAUUGCAGCAGCUUCAACUCAACAGGCUGCAGCUGUGUGCACUGCAACAAAGGUAGACAUUGGCCUGGGAGUGUGCCUUGACGCAGGCGUUCUGCAUCGUAUACAACGAGCAGCAAAGGGAGAUGGAACGAAAAUGGCACGUUCACUGAUGCGGGCAGUAUUUCUACCUGAAGAGAUGACUGGCCACACCCUUUAUGGGAGGCCGUGCAAUGCGCACAAAGAUGCAACACCAAAACCUUCCAUUGAUGAGACAAGGAGGGAAGCAGUUCUUGGAUACACAUGCAAACAGACCACGACGAGCUUACGGGAAAUCAAAGAAAGCCUGGCAUCAAUGUUGAGCAAGAUGAAAUAG